AUGAGUGACAAUGAGACCAUGAGUACAAACACUUCUGUCACGCCGGCUGUUGACAAUUUGCAGAAUCAACAAGUAUCAUUGAGUUCACCCGUUAAAAAAAAUCGAUGUGGAGCGUUCGUUGGAAGCAAACAGAGAACAUUGGUAAUUAAUAUGUAUAAGGCCAAAAUUCAAAAACAGCCAGAUGCGAAGUUCAAUAAUUUAAUGAAAAUAAUAUCCGAAGAAAGCGGCAUUGGAUACACUACAGUUUGUAAAACUGUAAGAAAUUAUAAAAACAAUAAAGAAGUGAAGUCACCCAAUAAAACAAAAAAUCGUCCAACAAUCAACGACAAAGUCGACGAUUUUGAGAAAAACGCUAUCAGGCAAAAAAUCCAUGGAUUUUGGAUUAAAAAUGAGAUUCCAACAUUAAAAAAAAUCGUUCAGGCCAUCAGUGAUGAUAUGGAGUUACCUACAAUACCCAGGACAUCUUUGCAGCGUAUUUUAAAAGAAUUGGGGUUUGAAUAUACGAAGAGAAACCGGAACAGCGCCCUGACCGAGAGAGGAGAUAUUGUGGUAUGGCGGCAAAAAUAUAUUCUAGACAUACGACGUUAUAGGAAUGAAGGUCGAACAAUAUAUUUUCUCGACGAGACAUGGGUGAAUGCGGGAGAGACUUGCAACAAGGUGUGGUCCACCGUGUGGAUGGACAAGACAAUCAAAUCGCACAGAGAUGCUUUCCUAAAAGGACUGUCGACCGGGCCAAAAAAUCCGACAGGUAAGGGCAAGCGAUUAAUUGUUGUUCAUAUCGGCUCAGCUGAGGGUUUCGUCGAGGGUGGUCUACUGUGUUUUGAGUAA